AUCUAUCACAUUUUCCAUGCUCAUGAAAACAUCUGAUCAUGAUAAACAUUCAGUUUAAGUCCAAACUCUUUACAUCAGUAGCAUGUUUGUUUAGGUAGAUUCAUUUCGGAAAAAAUAAAUUCAAAAUUCUCUGUGGAUAAAUGCAAAAUUUUUAGUAGUUUUUCAACAAACUUCUGACAAAAUUAACAAACUUUUAAAGCUUGUUAAUAAGGCUGUAAAAAUGUCUAUAAGAGUUGAUGUGGACGAUCUUGAAACUGAUUUUCAGAUCAACUUGUCUGUUGGGAGUCCAACUUCUGGGGCAAAUGAUGGAGACGUGAAAAUCGAGUCAUAUUCAACGAACAAUACAGGUGUCUGUAAACAAAAAAUUAGCAAGAAAUGUCCGGAAAAGGCCAAGAAAUCAUGCAACGGUGCUGGCGCAAUAUCAGCCAUGUCGGCUUUAGACACCUCCGGCUAUGGACCAGUAGCCCAGAAGUAUCUACCCAAGAAAGGCCAUUUUGAGUUCGGAAUACACUUUGACAACGAAAGCAAAGGCUACAAAAUCGGAAAGGUGCCCAUGGCUAUUCAAACGGAUGACAUUCUGGUGAAAUAUGAGGAGCACGAGGUGUUAUACAGGGGAACAGUUGGUCUAUGGAGGCUCCUAUCUCAGGACAUGAGUUAUUUCAAUGAGGAAUUCUACUUCAAUGAUGAGGACUGGGUGGUUUAUAUGGAGAUUCUGAUGAGGACCAACCCUGCAGAUUGUGCUAACGAUGAGAAUGAGGCAUGUGAGAUCACUCCAUUCUCUUAUGAAGGUGGAAACCAAGGGGCUCCACACGCUUAUCAAGGUGCACACCAAGGGGCUCCACACUCUUAUCAAGGUGGAAACCAAGGAAUAUCAGCAUAUAACUAUGGAAACAAUGGACCCCCCUCGUCUUGUUAUGGAGGAGGAAAUCAAGGAGUCAACCCCCAAAAUUAUGGUGAUGCAAACCAAGGAAUAUCUGCAUAUAAUUAUGGGAAUAAUGGGGCUCCCACGUCUUGUUAUGGAGGGGGUAAUCAAGGAGUAAACCCCCAAAAUUAUGGUGGUGCAAACCAAGGAAUAUCUGCAUAUAACUAUGGAAACAGUGGGGCUCCCACGUCUUGUUAUGGAGGGGGUAAUCAAGGAGUCAACCCCCAAAAUUAUGGUGGUGCAAACCAGGGAAUAUCUGCAUAUAAUUACGGGAAUAAUGGAGCCUCAUCACCUUGUUAUGGAGGUGGAAAUCAAGGAGUUUCCGCUUACAAUUAUGGAGGAGGAAACCAAGGAGGUCCAUCAUACAACUAUGGAGGUUGCAAUAAAGGAAUAACACCAUACUCUUAUCAAGGUGGAAACCAAGGAUAUGAAUCUGCAUAUAAUCAUGGAGGUUGCAAUAAAGGUGCUGUGUCAUACUCCAAUGGAGGGGGUAAUAAAGCAGUUUCUUCGUGUAAAUAUGGAGGUGGAAAUCAAAACAUUUCUUCAUACAAUCAUGGAGGUGGUAAUCAGAAGGGUUAUGGAGGGUGUAAUAGUCAAAUUGCAGCAUACUCUUAUGGGGGUGGAAAUAAAGGUGUGGCACCAUAUUCUUAUGAAGGAGGAAAUAAAGGAAGUGUGUCAUAUGGAGGCUGUAAUAAAGGAGUGGUACCAUAUUCUUAUGGAGGUGGGAAUAAAGUAGCUGCAGGAUACAAUGGGGGUUAUAAUAAAGGUGGGGCACCAUAUCAUGGUGGCAAUGCAGGGGUUACACCAUAUCAAGGAGGCAAUGCAGGAAUCACACCAUACUCUCAAGGAGGAAAUUAUGGGAUCUCCGCAUUCAACAACAGAGACGAUGAUAUCAAAAUUGACACUUUCUGUGCUAAAAAAAAAAUUAAUGCAUUAUGUGCUGCCACGUCUCUUGGUAUCAAACUGGGUGGAUAUAUUCUGACUUUGCUACUGCGUGCUAUCUGGAAAGUUGCCAAGGCCAAAAUGGGCUUUCUUGGAGGUCUGGUGGAGAAAGCAGGCACCGCUUUGUACGAGGGUGCCAAAGGGUUGGUUGGAGGGGUGGGUGGUGCCUUGUAUAAUAAGGUAGCCAGCCUGAUACCAGGCGCUCCAACGAAAGAGGAUCUUCUGAAGUACUGGGAGUGGUUCACAUGUCCCAGUUGCACCUACCUGAAGGAACUGGACGAGCUAUUGAGGGUUUUGUGCAUGUUGCAAAAGCGUGGAGCUAGUGACGCGUGUGGACUUACACAAAGCAGUCUCCUCUACUUAAUUCUGGCCAGAAUGGUGGCAACUGUUGGAAAAGAGGGGGGACUCGACAAACUGGUCGACUGGAUCAAAAUCAACAAGGCGCUCAUCGCCGAGUGUCGUCUAAUUCGUCAGUUGAUGUACAACCUGCCCUGGGGCUACCACCAUCUCAAGAACCCCAUCUGUCCCCCGAUCCAUGAGAGCAUAAGGGGCAGGAAGGAGUGUGCCCAACAGAUUGCACGAUACGAUCGCAUGAGAGAGGCGGCCGAGAAGAAUGUGGAUGCCAUCAAGAACGGAAUGCAGGUCAUUGAGGAGUUGUUCAACGAGGACCCCAACUAUUUCGAACAGCUGGACAUCUAUAUAAGCAAGAGUAUAUCGGGGAAAGAUCUCAAUACCGCUUUCCGUAAUGGGAUACAGUUUUUGCAAGUUUAUUACAAAUAGACUGAAAUUCAAACUGGAUUGUACGCUGUCAAAAUUUGAAAAUUCUAUAGAAUUCUCUCAAAGUAUGAGAAAACAAAAACACAAAACCUCUCUACAUAUUAUUUUACAUGCAUGUUUUCAAAGAACGGUAUUACACUUUUCAAUAUGUAAAGGUCACACACUCAUCUACGUUCAGUAAGGAAGACGGUUUCAGAAUAGAUAGCCGUCCUAUCUCUCAUUAUUCACACCAUCGUAGCGUAGAUUUCAAUAUUGAGAGAUAGGACGUCUACCGAAGACGUAUUUCCAGCUAAACGUAGCAGGGUGUGUAAUGACCUCAAGAAUUCAUUCAAUAUGAGUGUAUCAAAGAUUCAAGUAUAAAGUAUGUGAAGAGGUUUUGUGUUGAUGUCUUCUCAAACAUUGACAGAAUUUUAUUGCACAAUAUGCAUUAAGGAUUGAAACACUUGCCCUGUAAAACCAACAACUUCAACUCAAUCUAUUUUCAAAGUUUGAAAAUAACUUUAGAUUUAGACCAUUUUAUAACUCAGUCUACCUAAAUAAACAUUGUUGUAUAUUUUC